AUGAAGGUGUUUCUGGCAGUAAUGGUGGCUUUGCUGCUGAUUGCUGCUCCUCUGCCUUCCUGCCACGCCAAUAAUCCUCACCUGGAGUGUUACGACAAGUGCAUCGGAGAUUGCCAUGCUCCACCACAGGCAUGCGAAGAUAUCUGCUAUCGCAAAUGCAGGGCAUGGACUGUAGAUCGAGAAUCAAAAACUAUGAUAAACAAGAGGGAGUAG